CGAGCCAGAUGAGAGUUUGUCUCCCGUCUGAUUCCAUCUGCACGCUGUACACAUCCUAUUGGUCAGAACGCACCGGUAAUGGUGGGCGAUUAUUCUGAUUGGCCGCUUUGGCUGUCACUUUAGGCCAACGAGAGGCACGAUUGGCUGACGUGAGAGUUUUCAGCCUGGCUGCAUAGAUGACAGGCGGGUGGUGCUGAUGCUGUGACAAUGGGAGUCAUCCAGAUAAGCGGCAUCUGGACCGAGUGUGCUUAAAACACAGCAGCAACACACACGCGCGUAAUUCACUGUAAAGGGAAAAGACAAGCAGCUGGGUAGAACCACGGGGAGGAACCUCCAGCUGCUGCUCUGAAAGGUCUAGUGAUGGGAGCGUUCAGCCGCCAGAAGUUUUUCCAGGAGCUUGCACAUGGCUGCCUGCUGCCUACAGCUCAGCAGGGCCUGGAGCAGGUAUGGCAGCUGCUGGUUAUCUGCCUGCUGUGUCGGCUUCUCUGGAUAUUGGGCCUCCCCUCUUUUGUCAAACACCUGGGCACAGUAGCAGGAGGUUUCUACUGUCUCUACCUGUUCUUUGAGCUUCAUAUGAUCUGGGUUGUCCUCCUCAGCCUUCUCUGCUACCUCUUCCUCUUCCUCUGCCGACACUCUACCAUCCGUGGCACCUUCCUCUCCAUCACUGUGCUCAUCUACCUGCUGCUGGGAGAGCUGCACAUGAUGGACACCACCAACUGGCACAAGAUGAGAGGUUCACAGAUGGUGGUUGCCAUGAAAGCCAUCUCUCUGGCCUUCGAUUUGGACAGAGGUGUUGUGACCAGUGUACCCUCACCCAUUGAGUUCAUGGGCUAUAUUUACUUUGUGGGCACAGUCAUCUUUGGUCCCUGGAUCAGCUUCAACAGCUACAAAGAAGCUUUAGAAGGACGUAAGCUGAGCUUUUCAUGGCUUUUAAAAGUGUCUGUUAGCUGGGUGAAGAGCCAGGUGUGCCUUGUUAUUUCCAACUGUGUGGCGCCCUACCUCUUCCCUUAUUUCAUACCAGUCUAUGGAGACAAGCUACUACGCAGCAAGAAGAGGAGGAAGAUCAGAGGUACGCCGGCAAAGUGGUUACUGGCGUAUGAGAACACAAUGUCUUUCCACUUCAGCAAUUAUUUUGUUGGUUAUUUGAGCGAGACUACUGCUACUCUGGCUGGGGCAGGCUUCACAGAGGAGAAGGAAAACCUCAAAUGGGAUAUGACUGUAUCCAAGCCACUGAAUAUAGAGUUUCCCCGCUCGAUGGUGGAGGUGGUAACGUCAUGGAAUCUGCCCAUGUCUUGCUUUCUGCACACCUAUGUUUUUAAAAGUGCUCUGAAAUUUGGGACGUUCUCCGCUAUCAUGGUGACAUAUACAGCCAGCACCCUUCUGCAUGGUUUGAGUUUUCAUCUGGGUGCAGUACUAAUAUCUCUUGGGUUCAUCACAUACAUUGAGCAUGUAUUGCGGAAGAGGCUUGCAGCAAUUUGUAAUGCCUGCGUGCUGUCAAAGAAAUGUCAGCCAAACUGUGCUCACCGGAACAAAAAGGAGCUAUGGGUGUAUAUGAUUAACAUAGCAUUCAGCGCAUUGGCAAUACUCCACCUGACGUACCUGGGCUCUGUGUUCAACUCCAGUGUGGACUAUAUGGAGGAGGAUGAGGACGAUAUAACCCAUCAUACCAUUCAGAAGUGGUCAGAGCUGAGCUGGACAAGCCACUGGGUCACAUUUGGAUGCUGGAUACUGUACCGACUCAUUCUCUAAUGAUAAGAGACAGAGAAAUAGAGAAAGUGAAGGAAGCAAUAAUGAGAUUUGUAAGGCUGGUUCUCCACUCCUGCACUGUGACUUUAUUCUGCAUCAGACCGAAGAGAACUGAAUCAACCUGUAUACAACAAUAAACCAACACGCAGUGCUCAGGUUGCGCCGCAUGUUGGCUGGGUAAUCUAUUAUUCUAACCUGCUGGGGACUAGUUUUGAUAUCCAUGAAAUGAUAGCCCGCUCCUCCCUCCCUUUCCCCAUAUCACAUCCUUUUCAUCUGAGCCGAAGUUGUCAAGCCCACAUGUUGUGACAGCAGUUACCGAUGUCUUACUGUGAGUCAGAAUCAAUAUCUAUCAGCAUGGUGGAGAUCUGCUGCUCCUUUCUGCGGACACACGAUAGAGCCCGUUAUCUAGGUUUCAUCGUCGACUGCAGCAGAUGCACUCCUGAUGAGGUUCCACCACACCUCAAGUGUUUUACAAUCUUAUUUUUAUGUUUGAAGGAUAAGGCUACUGAUAUUCUAUGUGGUUGUAUUAUUUUCAACAAAUCCCAUGAAAAGACCAAAACCAACAAUGCGUUAGUCUGUCCCUCAAUGCUCUCUGACUUCCUGUCUUGUGGUUCUCAGCCCCAAAUCCAUUAUAUAUGCUUACAUCUGAAUAAUUUACUGAAACAGCUAGGCACUGUAGUUUUUAGCAAACGUUUCUCAAAAAAGAGUACUCAUGCUCUUGUGAGUGUACAUAUAGCAGCAGGACGGUGUAUGUGGGUCUGACUCAAAAUAAACUACAGUGCCUACGUACAUUGUAAUGAAACAUGUCACGAAGUGCAACACUUAUUAGUUGAAUUAAUUCAUUGUUGCUUUUGGUCUUUUGUUGGCAAUAAGAAAAGUAUUGAAUAUCGCCAGGCUAAUCCUGAGCAUGUGUAAGACAACAAAUGGUUUACUUUUGAAUGAAAAAAGCACAGGUUAAUGGUUACAAGGCAGCAAUUAUAAUGUCGCCAAUAAUUAGUUUCUCUUUUGUGAAUUUUAGAUAGAAGAAAAUGAAUCCGUAAGUCUGUAAAUUAUUUUUUGUGGUGAAUUUUCCUAAUGGUGUUUGUAUUUUGUUUUGUGUUAUUAUAAUAAUUUCCUUUAAAUUAAACUCGUUACCUUUUGUCUAGAAAAGGUCCUAUUAGUAUUUGUGAACAUUUGAAACACUCUUCAGUAUUGAAAAUAAAAGUUUAGAAUCAGGGUAUUCCACAUGUGUUAGCGGGGAAAAACGUUUAAACUUCUCUGCCAAUUUAUUAUUAGAUGAAAUGAUACAGUAAACUAUAUUAAAUAUUUAUCCUUAAGAACAUAUUUUUAUUACACUGCUGCUUUUAAUGAUGCAUUUAUGUAAUUGUAGAAAGAAUCAAAUGAGCAUCUGUAUGAGGUUGUGGUCACAUUUUGUCUAUAGCUUUCUUAAAUCUAGAAUCAAGGGAUUUGCUUCUUGACUAGGAUGUAGUGUUUUAGAUUAAAGCCUGAAUGUUUGUUCAUGCCUGAGAGUGCUCAGUCUCUGCCGACUUAGUGCCACUCAAUCCAACAAGUGUAAGAGUAUUUUAAAUAGUAUUCUGAUAUUUACGUUAUGCCAACUUUUCUCCCUGUAAAUGUGAAGGCACUGACACACCGGUGAUAUUUUUAUAAAAUUUUACAUGAAACCUG